GUAGUAGAAAAAGGGGGGAGUAGUGAGCACUUUCUCCUCUCUGUCUUAGAGAGGUGUGUGGGUUGAGCGUGAUUUUACAGGAGAGAGAGAAAGAAAGAGAGAAAGAAAGAAAGAAAGAAAGAAAGAAAGAAAGAAAGAAAGAAAGAAAGAAAGAAAGAAAGAAAGAAAGAAAGAAAGAAAGAAAGAAAGAAAGAAAGAAAGAAAGAAAGAAAGAAAGAAAGAAAGAAAGAAAGAAAGAAAGACAUUUAUUUCUAAAAGGAUUUUUCUGAAGAACCGUCUCUGAUCCAACGUUACUGAAUGGAAACAAACAGCAGAUUCUCUGACCUCACAGUCACUUUGACCAAUAGGGACUUUUAAAGAAAGUCAUCAAACCUAAAGACAUGCUCCUUCUCUCCUCCAGCAUGUUCCUUGGAAACGUGUCAUGGACCUGAGGUGACUCUGUGGAGACUCCGGACUCUCUACUAUCUACACAUCCAGUCAGCCGGCCGACGCUGAUCAUCACAUCCGUCGCCACCGCUUGAUCGCUUUUCUCCAGAGCACCGAGAGGCUAAAAUCGCCAACUACUCCCGAGUCGAAGGAACGACGAGCGAUGGCACAAAAGGAGGGAGCGUCGGAGCAGGGCCGCGUGAGGACGGGCGAGAGUCUGGGGGCCAAAGCCGUGACCGGAGCCUCGGCGGCGGGUGGAGGGGUGGUGGUGGAGGUCCGGGAGAAGAAGGGACCCCUGCGGGCGGCCAUACCCACAAUGCCGUUCCCUCUGGCUGUCGUGUGUCUGUUCCUGAACACCUUCAUACCUGGACUGGGUACCUUCAUCUCGGCCUUCACGGUGCUGUGCGGCGCGCGCAGCGAGCUGGUGUCGGAGCGCGGCGUGUGCUGCGUGUUCUGGCUCAACGUGGCGGCGGCGCUCAUCCAGAUCCUGACGGCCGUCAUCAUGGUGGGCUGGAUCAUGAGCAUCUUCUGGGGCAUGGACAUGGUCAUCCUGGCGAUUUCUGACGGCUGCAGAGACCAGGGAAUCCCCCAAGACGUCUGAGAGACGCCGUGUACAUGUUAGGUGAUGGGUCACAUGGACAGUUUGACCUCUUUACCCCCCCCCACCCCCCACCCCCACCCUAAAACCCCCGACGGUGUCCUGCAGCUGACGGCAGCAUCGAGUGACUGCGAUGCCUGAAAAUGUUUGGCUGUCGGCUGUGGACGGAUCAGGUUCAUCUAGAAAUAAAAGGGGGAGAAAGAAACGUAAACAGUGCGGUCCCAAUGGAUGAUGGGAAUAAAAAGAGCACAUGUCUCCAAGUCGCUGGGUGAAAAUGUUUGGUGAAUGAAUAAUGUUUUUAAUUAUAUUAGAUUUGACCUCCUCAUCUAUUUCAUAUAAAGCAGCCAAAACAUUACAACCAACUCCCAGUUUACAACAUCCAGUAACAAACCAGUUUAUAAAACACAAUGUCAGCCAGACAGAUGUUUACCCAGCAUGCAUCAGUGUACACCUUAAAGUCUGUGAGUCUUCGCUGCCACAGAACCGGUGGUUCCGUCUGUUAAAUGCACAAAUCAGCAUCUGACAUAUUUUAGCCCGUGGUGAAAUAUUGCCAGUGACUGUUCAAGCAUUGAGGACCACCCUGUCUCCGUCUCUCACAUUGUGACUGAGACAGUCGGAGUGAUGUCGCUAGAUCCAAAAGCAGCUUUUGAAUAAUUGGCACUUUGAUGACAGUGACUGUAAGUGUGUAAAGCAGCCACCCCCAGAAUCAAACCCAGCUGUGUAUAUCAACAUGUAUGUUUCUGAUUGGUUGUGCAAUAUGGACAUAUGUAUAUAUAUAUUCUGUAUAUAUAAGUACAGUCACAACUGUAUCAUCUGCUAAACUUGUGAAAUACCCAACACACCUAUAGUUUUUUUAUAUAGUUGUUCCAAACAACAACCUUCACAUUCAGCGUAACUCUAGAACGUGAUUGGGUUUAAUCCGAUGAGUCUUGCCCUCAUUUUUGGUUUUGGUUCUAUGUUGUACAGUAUUUAAGUGCGACCAUGGCCAGUGUCCCCCCCUGCGUUUAGUAUGUAGCAGUGGUGCUGCUGUUUCUUUGAUAUUGUCGAGAGGUUGGUGCAUUUUAUUGAGACCCUUUCUUAAUCAAUCUUCCAGCUCCAACCGUGAUUCCGGGGAGCGUUGACUGAAUAUUGUGCUUUUGAACCUUUAUCGAUGAAGUGAUGCCACGUACAAAAUUGCAUGGUUUUGACUACAGAGAGUGACACACACACACGCGCGCACACACACACACACACACACACACACACACACACACACACACACACACACACACACACACACACACACACACACACACAAUAAUGUGUUAAUUAAUUCUGUGACUUUGCAUUGUUGUUUUUAUUUGAAGAUAUUUGGGAUUUGAGAACAACUUAGAAGAUCACUAGUUUGAAAUAUUUCUUGUCAAUGGACGGUGGAUUUUCUUUGAUUUCAUGUAAACGUAACCAGGAUUGUUUUCCAGAGCUGUGACGGAACCAGCAUCUUCGGUGCCCAGGCUCAAGGACUCCUGGGCAGCCACUGUGGGCAGGAGCUGGUGGUGGAUUCGUCCUCCGAAGCCGAGGCUGAUGCGAGCGCAUUGUUUAUCCAGAGGAUCUGAGCUGUUUGUUAGUCACCAUGUCUCACUCAGCAGCCCUGUAUGAGCAGGACAUGAUUAUGUGCAAAUGUGCAUGUAAAUAAAUGGACUUAUGAAUAAGAUUGGUACCAUGAUUAAAAUAGCUGUGUGUCGCUGAUGA